AUGGUGUCUGAUUCGGAUUAUGAGAUAAUAGAGUUGAUAGACCGUGGUCAGUACUCUUAUGCGCAGUCAUUAUUGUUACAAAAGAUUAAAAAAUUUUCUCAAAGGAUCUUUUAUCGAGUGCUUCAGAAUAGAAUACUUUAUGAUACAGGAUCUCAAAAACAGGCAAUUGACAAUAAUUUGCAAUUGUUACAGAAAUGUUCAAAUGAAAUAGAUACUGUGACCAGCUUGAAUGAGUUUUUCCAAAGCAUAUCUAUGCAGAAAGAAGCUAAUUUGUGUUAUGAGAGUGUUAUCAAAAAGUAUCCAAUACAAGCUGAGGAGUUGAGUUUGAUUUGGUUUGAAAAUUCGAUUCAACAGUUGGAUGUCGCUCAUUUCAAUAAGGUGUUUCUGUACUUGAAUAAGAGCAAUAAAUCGGAGACAAAGUAUUGCUAUUGGUACGCGUUUCUGUUUUAUUUGAUGAUUAGUCAACAGAGCAAAGAAGAAGAAAAGGGUGAAAAGGGUGAAAAGGGUGAAAAGAGUGAAGGUGAAAAGGGUGAAAAGGGUGAAGGUGAAAAGGGUGAAAAAGGUGAAGGUGAAAAGGGUGAAAAAGGUGAAGGUGAAAAACAGUCAAAGUUGAAAUUGUACAAGAUGUUUGGCAAAAAAUUGAUCGAGGAAUUACAAAAGAGUCACCCCUUUGCCAAUUGUCAGGAACUAUAUGUAUAUACCAGAUUUUUGUUAUUAAAUGAGGAUUAUCGAACAAUCGAAGAUACCUUGGGGAAAUUCAAUCACCCUUUAGAUUUGGAACUUCGAUUGUUAUAUCUUGAUUCAAUGAAGAGGAACAAAAGUUGGAAGACUUUAUAUGAAUACACUACGCGGCUUUUAUUUGAGGAGAAUUUUGAUGAUUUCGAUACUUGGAUUUUAUGGCUCAAUUCAGGAAAGCAAGUCGGAGAAUCUCGCGAGGCAUUAAGCUCAAGGUUAGCUACCAACACUACCACUACUACUACUUCUAGGAAUGAAUUACUUGUUAAGAUUGAAUUGGCAAAUUUGUUUAAUCACGAUACCGCAGGUGAAAUCGAUACUUAUUAUGAAAAGUUUAAAAACAAGUUAUCUUGUUAUAGCGAUUUAUCUAGGUACGAUUUAUCUGGAAAGUUUGAGGAAAAGGUUAGUUCUGUGUCCAAAGAGAUACUAAAUCUCAAGUCGAGAGAUGUCGAACAUGUGAUUACCUUGGUUAAUAAUCAAAAGUUCAACCCAAUUGUAGAUAAUUGGGACAUUUAUAAACAGUUUUCAUCAGCAAGUGUAAGAAGCAAGUCUGAAUUUGAUAAUAAUCCAUUGAAUGAACUUGCUUUGAUUUCAAUCGUUACCGAUCUUUCAAGAGUUACACCGUCUACUAAAUAUGCGACUAUCAUCAAGAAUAUUGCCAUUUUAGUAGAACUUUUAAAGUCAGACAAGUACAACUACAGAUUAAAUCUCUGGUUGAUGAAAUUGUAUGCACAACUAAACACAAAUGAUAUGAUUUCGUCUAUAUAUAAAGCACUCAAAAUUAAUAUGGUCCAACACGAAACUUUAGGGUACUAUUACACUAGCGUGAGUCCUCCAACUAAAGCAACACUAGAUGACUUGAUUAAUAUUUUUAGAUUUUACCUAACCUCGAAACAUGAAAUUAAAGAAACAAUACAGAAUGGAUUUGAAAAGGGAGUUUAUUCUAAAUUGCAAAGUUUUAUUACGUUUGGUCAAAAAUUGCAAAACUCUAUAUCGCUCAACUCCGUCGUCCAAAAGAUCAUACAAACGAUAUUGAUAAUGGAUGAUACGCAAUAUUUACAUUACUUCAUAAAGUACUUGAAGGAAAACAGAAAGAGUAUCCUCUUUGGUGAUUGGUCAGACAAUCGAGAUUUGAAAAGUGAAUGGAGCUCACUUUUGGUAACUGAUGAAUUGAAAACUGCACAAACCAACAAAAUUAUGCAAAUCCCCAUUGAUGAUACAUGCACAAAGUUGAAAUUACUUGUAUACCUGAUGUUUUUUGAACAUGAUGAAUCUGAGAUUCUACGAUUAUUGAAAAUAUUUAAUAAAAUACUCAGUUCCCCAGAUUUCAAACCGGAUCAAUUUACAUCAUUUAUUUUCAAGUCGUAUUACAACAUCAUAAAGUUAACCACUACGAAAAUAAACAAAAACGAGUCUCAAUCAUUAUAUAAUUCCCUUCAAAAGAGUUUGAAGUUUGGCAAGAUUGAAUCAAUGCUCACCUCUAAUGAGGAGAUUUUGAGUCACCAAUUGAAUACAAAUUUAAUGAAUUUGGUAGAAUUGAUUAAAUUGGUAAAACUGAUUGCCAAAAGGUCCCCACUGGCUUAUUUAAAUGAAAUCAUAAACACGACUAAAUCUAUUUCCAAUAAUUUAAAGAAAAAUUCAUUGAUUAGCAAACAAUUGGACAUUAUUGAUGAAAUGAAGUUUGUUGAUUUGCCCUUGGAGUUGGAUACGAACGCGGUGAUUAAGGAAAUCAAAGAGUCAAUUACUUCAUCCACGAAAUCCAUCUUGAAUCACUUAUAG